CGACUAUACCACAUCCAUAGGUCAGCCGCCUCUGUCCUUUCUGCAUUUGAUGCAAACAUAGACCCACUAUAGUCAUUGACGAGCUCAAGUAGCCAUGGCUGAAGCAACUGCAUUCACAUCCAAACCACUGUAUCCGGCGUAUCUCCCGACCAGGCCCGAUGGCUUCACCGCGACACUAGACGUGCCAUCAUUUGAAGCUGAUGAGCCUGGCGUCCGUGCAGACCCUUCUAAACCUCACAUUCUGCGACCUGGUGUGCAGGUGGAAAGUAUGACGCCUAGAAUCGGGUCCGAAAUUAGAGGCGUCCAGUUGAGCGAAUUGUCCACUGCGGGACUGGAUGAAGUGGCUUUACUGGCUGCGGAAAGAGGGGUUCUUGUCUUCAGAGAUCAAGACUUUGCCGAUAUUGGGUUCGAUAGACAGCGAGAGAUCGCUAGACACUAUGGGCCUCUACAUCAACAUCCAACAAUGGGGUAUCCGGCAGGCACAGGACCUGAGUUCCACGUCGUGUAUGCUGAUGAAACUGUAGGCAAUCUUAGAACACUCCUGGGUCCGAGGACAAGUUAUGACCUCUGGCAUGUAGACCAAACCUUCACUAGCAACUUACCCUCUACCACCUUCUUCUGGGUUCUCGAAAUGCCCAAGUCUGGAGGUGGCGACACGGUCUUCACGUCCCUUACGGCGGCGUACGAAGCUCUGUCGCCUACUUUCAAGCACGCACUUGCUCCCCUUAGCCUGCUUCAUUCAUCAGCAUCUAUCGGAGAAAUCGCCAGGGUGGGGAUGGAGCGUGCUUUGAGGGAGGCAGUGAAAACCACCCAUCCCCUCGUGAUCAAGCAUCCCGUGACCGGCAAGCCUUCACUAUUUGUGAAUCCGACUAUCGCUCGCCAAGUCGAAGGUAUGCUACCAGAAGAGUCGGAAGCCAUUUUGAGAUUCCUGCAUGAGCACAUCAGAAGCCUUGAUUUUAGCUGCCGACUGAAGUGGGAAAAGGGCUCUGUGGUCGUCUGGGAUCAGAGGGGUGUUGCCCAUAGCGCUGUUCCCGACUUCAAGGAUGGCGAACGACGACACGUGGUGAGGAUGAUCCCGUAUGGAUCUCGCUCUCAGCCAGCGUUCCCCGAUGUCUACGGUAACGCCGGCAAGGUGUAGAUUACAUAGAUAUGCGGCACUCUAUACAUGAGUGGAAUGCCCGCCUCAAAAGAGCUACGGCGGGCGCAAAAUCUUCGAAGAGGUCUCACUAUAUGAGCGUGCAGCACAUAUGAUGCAUUCAACUUAGUAUCACGUUGAGAAGAGCUGGUACUGGAUCGUUUCUUUGGAAG